GAGUCCCACAGAGCAAGCGAAUCUCAUUCCUACACCACUGGAAGAAGAGGCCCUUCAAACCAGCUGCCUUUACUGUCUUCUUCAGACCUGGUCUCCAAGCUAAUCCAGAAGCUCUAACAGGGAGGAUUCUCCAUGGAUCUGCCUUACUAUCAUGGUGCUCUGACGAAGCAAGAGUGUGAAAUUUUGCUGCUCAAGGAAGGAGUGAAUGGCAACUUUCUGAUAAGAGACAGCGAGUCAAUACCGGGAGUCUUGUGCCUCUGCGUCUCGUUUAACAAUUGUGUCUACACGUACCGAAUCUUCAGAGAAAAAUAUGGGUAUUUCAAGAUACAGAAUGCAGACAGUGCUCGAAAACUGAUCUUUCCAACCCUGGAGGAACUGGUCUCCAAAUUUGAAAAACCAGGUCAAGGACUGGUGGUCCACCUUUCAAAGCCAAUAAAGAGAAGAUCACAACUAGCCACGGAUAAUGUUUAUGAGAAUAGUGACGAUUAUGUGGAUGUCUUGCCUUGAUGAUAAGGAGACUGGACAAAGCCAGUGACAGAAGAAACGGGGCCCCCCUCUCACUGGUGAUACAGUUCUCCUGCAAGUGCAAGUCUGGCAUGCCAAACCAUAGUGGACAAUUGAGACUCUCCUGGUUUGAUUCACUGAAGAUCUUCUGUCUCCCGGCCACAUCCCCACCUCCCAGGCACUCAGCACAAGUUCCAGAGCCCUUCUGCACUUCUUCCUCUUCUUUCUUGGAGUGAGACAGCUUGAACCUGUGUCUCUGGCUGCUUAAAGGUACCACCGUUACAUCAUGGUCAGCACCCUCUUUCCAACAGGUAGAGGGGCCGUUUCAGACAGAGGAAAGAGCACUUAGCAAUGAGUUCAGAGCCCUAAGUUCCAGCCCAGAGGCUCGGUGACUUUGAACAAAUCUCUCCCUUUAUCUAGGGCUCAGUGUCUUCAUCUAUAAAGCAAGUGAUUGGGUGGAGUGAUACACACUGCUCUACUCUCUCUGUUGAGCCCUGUUGUGUUAGGUAGAGUUGGGGAAUGGAGGAGCAAUAGAAAUGUGUGUGAGUCAGUAAGGGACCAAGGCCUUGGCCUCCCAAUGCACUGUCUGCAGCUCCCUAUAGUGGUCUUGGUCAUGGUGAGGGCCUUGAUCCACCCAUCACCUUCUGCCUUAAGCCUGGAGUGUUCUCCUUUUGUCUUUUUCUCUUCUCUCUCAUUUCGAUCUUCCUGCUCCUACCCUGGAUAUACUUUUUCCUUCAUUUUUCUUACUAGAAUUUAUGUGUGCCAAUCACUUCUGCAGCAUGGAUGUGGCUCUGUACACUGUGGGUAUUUUAAAGACAUCCUCCUAAGUAUGAUUCCAAUUCCCACCUAGGUCCUAAGUGCCAUUCAAGCAUGGCUGAGUGGCCCUGGUGUCCUCCACUGUGUAGAAAUAUUUGCUACACAGAGCAAUGGCCCCCUUCAUAGAUAUUAUUUGGCUAGGAAUGCAUUCCUGAAGGGUUAGUCAAAUUAGCUUUAGGGCCUAGUGAAUUUAUCUGGUAGUUCAAAAUGUGAAUUAAGAUCUGGCUAGUUGGUAAAAAAAUUAUAUGUCCUUGCUCUUACUUAUCUUCAAACUGUUGUGGUUCAUUUCACACCCCUGGUCUUACUUUCAAAGUUGUUAAGGAGAAGGACUCUAGAUUUCCAGAUAACCUAAAAGGACACUGCGGCUGGACCACUGUGAAUUCUUGGGUCACAGCAUCCCAUGACUACCACCAAGUAGAGAAGAAGUGAAAUUCGGUCCUAUUCAGUGACCUGAGGAAGGAGGCAUCAAAGUGAGCUCCCAUCCCCGGCAACCAGAUGCAACGCUGAGAUGAGCAACCUCACACACGUCUGCUUAUGGAGCUGAGAGACUCUCUUGAAUGUAUGGGUGGGCCAUAAAGUCUGCUCAUAUUUAAUUAUGAUGUCAUCAAAACCAUCAAAUAUUUUUUGCCUUACACUUUGUGUUUUUUCUGGUUCUGGCUGAAUAAAGAAGUCUUUCCCCACUCUGCGAUCCUGAGAAAAUUAUCUUACAUUUUCUUGUGCUGACUUUAUGUUACCCUCUUGAGGAUGUUAAUGGUUGUAAGGCUUCUCUCUUUUUUCACUGGCAUAUCCCCAGUGUCCAGAGAAAUCCUUCAUACAUCUAGCUGUUCAGUAGAUGUCUGUUUUAUAAAUUGGGAAAUCAGAGUCAAAUUUUGUGUUAAUAAGAGGUAAGAAUCUAACUAUGUAUUUUUCCAAAUCUCUUGAGCUCGUUUUCAUUCUGCUUAAUAAUUCACUCCCCUUCCCUCCUGAAUUGUGGUUUCUCCUCUGUACAGUAUUAUAUCACAAGCAUCCUCCUUCCCUGGCUUUGGGAUAUCUUACUGUUUUGUCUUUAUAACUUAAUGUCUAGUAGGUAGAAUAUGUGCCCUCUUCUUUUUCCAAACUGACAGUAAUUAUUGGACAUUGAUUCCUCCAUGUACAUUUUAGAAUAAAUAUGUUAAAUCACUCAAAAUCUUUUGCUGGAGUUUUGGGUGAAUUUGGCAUUAAUGUGUACAGUAACUAGAAGAGAACUGGCAUUCUGUAAAUAUGCUACAUCCUCUUAUUCGGGUCAUUGUUUUUACUCUUAAUGGAAUUAUAAAUUUUCACCAUAAAAGUGCUGUAUAGUCUGUUAGAGUAAUUUCAAAUUUUUUUGGCUCUUAUAAAUUAUGUCCUAUGUUGUGUUACAUUUCUUAUAGUCUAUGGUGGAGACAAAAUACUUACUCUCACAUUAGAUCUACUGGUUUACCUGUUGAUCCUACUGUGUUUUCUAUUUCAAUGAUUCAUCAACUAUAAGUAAGAGUAUUUUGUUCUCUUUCAAUACUUACUCUUCUUAUUUAUUUUUAAUGCUUACUUCAUUGUCGUAGGCCUCCAGUACACACUGGAGAGCAGUCAUGAUAGUGAGCAUUGUUUGUGUUGUUUCCAGUUUUAUAGGGAAUGUUUAGAAACCUUCUCCAUUGAAGCAUGAUAAGUAUAUUUGUUGUAGGUGUUAAAAAGGCUCUGAAAGAGCCUUUACUGUGGUUCUUAGAAUUUUCGUCCCAGCAGUUUUAAAAGUUAUUGUGAUUUCUUGUAUCUAUUGAGACAGUCAUUUUUUUUAUCUUCACUGCAUUAUAGAGUUCAGUUACUAAUACUAUUGAUGCCAUUGCAUCUUUGUAUUGCUUCACUUGAUAAUGUUCUAUUACUAUGUUUAAUAAACUGUUGGAUUUAGUAA